CAAAAACAUUUCCAAAUGCUUUCAUCACGUAUAAAAAGGCAUUAAUUAAAGAGAAUCGUAAUAGAAACAUCAAAUUACCGCCUAUGCGCCAACUUUCUAAAAUUGCAUCAUGUUAUUGGGACGAAGAACCAGAAAACGUAAAGGCAUUUUACAGAAAACUAUCUGAAGAAGCUAAAUCUCUGUAUAAGAUGGAGAAUCCGAUUCAAAUUGUAUUUGAUAAAAGUAUGAAUGUAGUUGAUGUUUCAUCACGUGUUACAAGUGUAACGAAUAAAGUUGACUCGAAUUAUGUCAAUUAUAUCCAAGGCAAUGAGGAUCCCGUUGAAAAUAUAAUCUAUACGCAAAAUUCAACAAUUGGGUAUCUUCCGAUUAAAGAUUAUUCUGUCAACGUUAUGAAUUCUUUUCUUGACAACAAUUAUAUGAAUAAUUCCCAAGCUAGUUUUUCCAAUAGCAACUUUUUCGGAGACCUGUAUAAAAUGAAUGAAGUUCAUAUUAAAGAUCAAGAGUAUAAUAGAAUGUUGGAAUGUGAAAGCGUGCCGUUUACACCUCUGCAAGUUGAUUCAAAUUAUGUUAAUUAUGCCCAAGACAUUGAGGUUCCCAUUGAGGAUAUAAUCUUUACGCCGAAUUCGUAUCUUCCUGAAGAUUAUUCCACUUGUAACUUUUUCGAUCGAGAGUAUGGAAUCGAGCAUAUCUUUACCGAUUUCGUGUUUGAAAAUAAUCAAGAAAAUGUUUCAACUUAUGGCGCAGACUCGGAUUAUAUUAACUAUGGAACUGGGGGAGUUCCUCCCGUUGAAAAUAUAAAUAUGUAUCUUCCGACCCUCUUCGAAGAUCAAUGA